CCAAACCCGAGACUCACGGGUCCUCGGGUCGAUUAUCUAAACCCAAGUAAGACCCUUUCAAAGUUUUCAUUCGUUCUUCAAACGGCUGAUCGUUGCCAGAAGCUAAUUCUACAAGAUAUAACAAAAAAUUUUCCAUCGACGUUCUCCGGCAGGACUAACAGCUCCUUCUCUGUUGCUCCAUUCCCGUUUGCUGACGUGAUCCACUGAUCUUGCCGUCGUCUACGCCGUUCAGCCUUUGCAAUGCCAUAACUGUUGACAAUGUCAGUACCAAUGACAUUGCAAUUGAUUGGUUCAAGCAGAAUACGACGGUGAAAGAUGAUGUCAUUCGUCGGCACGAGUUUAUUCAUAUUCGAUGCUUUGCUUAUAUCAUCAACCUCAUAGUUGUUUGAGGGAUUAAAAGAGGUUGAUGAUUCUGUUACCAGAGUUCACAGUAUUGUGCGAUAUGUGAGGGCUUCCCCUCAAAGGCUUGCCAAGUUUAAGGCAAUAACAAAACAACUUCAAAUUGGAUGUUCUAGUAUGUUGUGCUUGGACGUUUCGAUUCGAUGGAACUCUACAUACAUGAUAUUGGAUGUGGCACGGAAGUACCAAAGAGCGUUUGAGCGGAUGGAGGUCGAGGAUGGGGGCUUGUGGUAUGCUUUGUUGGAGCUGGCAGGAUAGGGGCUCGGUGCGCCAGACGCACAUGAUUGGACUAGUGUGAGCAAUAGUUGUCAGCCUUCAUCUGCAGUUGGUAGCUUCUCACAUUCGAGGCUGACGGGGCCGACAACUUCCUUCGGUGACACCGACCCAUCCGUACGGGUUAGAGACCAUCGUAUUAUGCAACAGUAUCAUCAACUCAUUGCAACAAGGAAUAUUAUGCAGUGUACAUCUAAGGUUAAAUGAUAUUUUAUGGAAGCUGUCGAGACACCUAGUGAUGUAUUUCAGUUAUUAACUUGGUGGAAGGUUAAUUAUGCCAAGUAUCUAGUCCUUUCCCGUAUAGCUCGAGAUGUGCUAGCCAUUCUUGUCAUUACGGUUGCCUCAGAGUCGGCGUUUAGCACUGGAGGUUGCGUCUUGGAUGAUUAUCGGAGCUCUCACCAUCAACCGUGGAGGUCCUCUCGUUUGCACACAGAAUUGAAUAAGCGAAAUGCCCAUUGGACUAGAUAUCAUUGGCGUUGAUGCUGAGAGCUAUAAGCUUGAAUCGGACCUAAUUGUGAACCCUAACAUAAUUACCGAUGACUGAGAGUUGGGAUGGAGUUGAGGGACUGUGGACUAGAGAGAACCCCUUUUAUUGGCACUGAAAGCCACAGACAUCAAAAUGGAAUUAGCAGACAGAGCAGUUGGGCUUCUGUUAUCUUUUGUCAGCUUAUCCAUAUUCACAUAUUAUACUUUCUGGGUCAUAAUUCUGCCAUUUGUAGACAGUGAUCACUUCAUCCACCAGCAUUUCCUACCACAAGAAUAUGCUAUACUAAUACCUGUAUUUGCGGGUGUGGUACUUCUUUGUUUACUAUGUGUAUUCAUUGGAUUUGUGAUGCUCAAAUCCCAAAAGAAGAAGGCAUGAUGGAAGUACUUAUUUGUCAUUUUUUACAGCAACUCAAAGAUGUAACUUAUUUAUCUUGUUCAUUUUGCCUUUAUUCUAGAACAUUUUCUAAUCUGGCUGAGUGUUUUACUUUUGGAUUUGUUGCAGCAUGCUGAUUUUGUGAAUAGAUCUGUAUCCUUUCUACAUUCUACUACUAUCUGAAGCUCACAUUUCGUCAUAUCAUUUUAGGGUUGGAACUCAUUUUUGAAAUUCAUGUGUGAACUGCUUAAUGUACUGCAAUUUGCUUAUGAUUUGCCCAUGGUUGUUAUCACGCCACA